GUGCACCGCCCUCUCUUCCUGCGAGAGAGGUUGGUGCCUUAGCAACAAAACCUAGCAACUGGGGAAUCGUCAAGUGGUGCGGUUGUCAACUAAAAGGCCUUGGAAACCUUGCGCUUACAUAGAGCAGUUUCCAGCCUCUUAGGCAAGGGAACAGUCUCCUCCCUUGCCUGGGACUCUGGAACCAUCUUAUUCUGGUGAAAGUAAGAGGCAGCCUAGGACCAGAAGCCUUUCGCGGAGAAAAGGCUGACAUGCCCGUGCUAUGCGACAGGCAAUCACUAAUCUACUUUUUGCCAUUAUGGAUUAGUUUACAUUUUCUGAAAUUUUAUAUAAAUGGAGCAUACGAUUGCUAAAGCUAAAAGAGACAUUUAACUCUAAGUUUGGAUCCAUUCCCAAGUUUUAUGUUCGAGCACCAGGAAGAGUCAACAUAAUAGGAGAACAUAUAGAUUACUGUGGAUAUUCUGUUCUUCCUAUGGCUGUGGAACAAGAUAUGUUAAUAGCUGUGGAACCUGUGAAAACACACACUCUUCAACUGGCCAAUACAAAUCCCUUGUACCCAGAUUUCAGUACUAGUGCUAAUAACAUUCAGAUUGACAAAACCAAGCCUCUGUGGCACAACUAUUUCCUAUGUGGAUUUAAAGGAAUUCAGGAACACUUUGGUCUUAGUAACCUGACUGGAAUGAAUUGCUUGGUGGAUGGAACCAUCCCACCAAGUUCUGGCCUCUCCAGCUCCAGUGCUUUGGUCUGUUGUGCUGGCUUGGUGACGCUCACAGUUUUGGGAAUGAACCUAUCCAAGGUGGAACUUGCAGAAAUCUGCGCCAAGAGUGAGCGUUAUAUUGGCACCGAAGGAGGAGGGAUGGACCAGUCCAUAUCAUUUCUUGCAGAAGAAGGAACGGCCAAGUUGAUAGAAUUUAGUCCUCUGAGGGCAACGGAUGUGAAACUCCCAAGUGAAGCAGUGUUUGUGAUUGCCAACAGUUGUGUGGAAAUGAAUAAGGCAGCAACUUCCCAUUUCAACAUCAGGGUGAUGGAGUGCCGGCUGGCUGCAAAGCUCCUGGCUAAGUACAAAAGCUUGCAAUGGGAUAAAGUACUGCGGCUGGAGGAGGUACAGGCCAAACUAGGGGUCAGCCUGGAAGAAAUGCUGUUAAUCACAGAGGAUGCUCUUCACCCUGAACCCUAUAGCCCCGAAGAGGUCUGCAAGUGUCUGGGAAUUAGCCUGCAGGAACUCCGGACCCAAAUCCUGAGUCCGAACACACAAGAUGUGCUCAUCUUCAAACUCUACCAGCGGGCAAAGCACGUGUACAGUGAGGCUGCGCGAGUACUCCAAUUUAAGAGGAUAUGUGAAGAGGCACCUGGCAACAUGGUCCAGCUGCUGGGGGAGCUAAUGAACCAGAGCCAUGUGAGCUGCCGGGACAUGUACGAGUGUAGCUGCCCUGAGCUGGACCAGCUGGUGGACAUCUGUCGGAAGUUUGGGGCUCAAGGGUCACGACUUACUGGAGCAGGAUGGGGAGGCUGCACAGUAUCAAUCGUACCGGCCGACAAGCUGCACAGCUUCCUAGCAAAUGUACAUGAGGCUUAUUACCAGAGGAGCAACAGGAGCCUAGCACCGGAGAAGCAGAGUUUGUUUGCUACUAAACCUGGAGGCGGGGCUUUGGUUUUCCUUGAGGCCUAAGCAAUGUAAAAAAUCUCAGAGAAACUAUUCAGGGCAUUUAGGAACUGGCAGGACUUCUUAUGCCACAGUAAAUUAAUCCUCUUUCUGUUUUAUAUUAUGAUGAACGGUUGCUAUUAUCAAGAUGUAUUUCCAAAGAAAUGGUCGAACACUCUCUAUUCUUCAUAAUGAUUAUUUUUUCCAUCUUAAAAUAUGUUUUCUACCAAUAAGAGCCAAAAUUAUGGUUGGACAGAUCUCUUAAAAAUGAUUUACUGGGAUUUAUUGAUUUCAAGAUUUCUAAAGAUGAAUGGUAAAAAACAAUACUGACCUCAUGAAUUGGAUUCGAAUUAAACAUACUGCUACAAUUAAACCAGUACAACUAAAUUGUAUGCAAUAUUCUUAAAUCAUUUGUUUCUGGUUUCUCUUAGUAUUCGUCCUCAAAGUUGUAGUCCUCCGAUGUUGAUGAAGAUAGUGAUGCCAGAAAUUCUCUCUCUUGAUCUUCGAAAGGCUUUUAAAAUAAUACAUAAUUAAAGAUGAACAGAUUUUCCUUGACAUUGGAUACUUGAAUGUGAGAGAUUCCCCCAAUUAUCAAGAUGAGAAGAAUUACUUAAUUUUUUAAGAGAUGAAUUUAGGAAGAAAAUCUCAAUCAUUUAAUUUUUUUUAACCAUGUGAUUUCACAUAAAGAAUCACUUUCAAUUAUUUUGGCCCUGAGCUUUCUCUAUCAUUUAGCAGAGACCUUAGAUAAAAGACACUUUAAGUCUUUAUCUCUAUUCACAGUGAAAUAAAGAAUUAUGUGGAUGAUAAUUCAGAUAA